AUGAAGGUAAUUGGACUCUUCGUACUGCUCCUAGUGCUUGUUGCUGGUGAAGAUCCUUAUAAAGUACUGGGAAUCAAGCGUUCAGCAUCCGAGACGGAAAUUAAAAAAGCCUAUCGCCUGUUAGCGUUGAAAUGGCAUCCCGAUAAAAAUCGAGACAAUCCAGCUGCGGAACAAGAGUUUAUGCGGAUUAAUGCUGCCUAUGAUACAUUAGUAAAUGGUCCAAUAGCUACGAAACAACACGAUCAAUCACGCCAAACACAGCAAAACCAACAGUAUUAUCAAUAUUAUGGGAGAAAGAGAUAUGCAUCUGGUUCUUCGCACCAGUAUCACUAUCAAAUUCACUGGGAUCUGACACAACCCUUCUACUUUUUAAUCUUGUUGUCGGUCAUGGCGGGAUUAUUUCGAUUGAAAAUCAAGGAGAAGACUGAACCAAGAGGAGAAAAAGAAGGAGGUGGGGGAAAACAAGACGUGACGGAGAUAAAGAAGGAGAAAAGUUCAUUUGAACAAGUGGCCAAGACACUUGCACCGUCGAGUUAUGAACUAAAUGUGCUUUAUUUAACGGCCAGAGGCAGACGAACGUUGGUAUUUUUACCGGACGAAUCUCGACAUGGAUGCAGUAUACGAGACCAGUUCAGUGUCAUUGGAAACCUUGCAACUGAGUUUCAACACGACGCAUUUACUUUUUGCUGGCUAGAUCUAAAGACGGAAGUUGCUGAGAAGCGUGCUCUAUGGAAGAAGCAAUUCGGGAAUAUACCAGCUCCGUUUGUUGUGGGACUUAGCUACAAGGGCAAAAAGAUAUCGCUACUACCGCCGCGCGAUAGCACUAGCGAGGGUUGUCAAGCCCUUGAGAAAGAUGUUCGCAAGUGGCUUCUGCAUCUUGCAGGUGGCGAGGUGUCCCAGGAUCCGACAGUUCCUGGUCUGUUUGACACCUUACAUGCACAUUUGAAUUAA